AUGUCUCAAUCCAGUUCUUCGGUCCCGCAACCUCCCGUUCCUGCGCCCGCUCCCGCACCCUCCCCACCCAACACUCUAAAUCCCGAACAGCAACAACACCACGCACAACAGUUAGGUGGCUUACAGUGUGCAAAUUGCAACACCACUACUACCCCUCUUUGGAGAAGAACUGAUGAUGGCAAACCUCAAUGUAACGCCUGUGGUCUUUAUCAGAAACUUCAUAACGCUCCCAGGCCCGUACAUAUGAAAAAGACUAUCAUAAAGAGAAGAAAGAGAAUGCCUUCAUCUGUUCCAACUUCAUCUGUUCCUCUCCCUCAAGUUAAUUCACCACUCAACAACCUUACACCCCAAAAUCAACACUCAAUCCCUCAAAAUGAGCACGAAGCAGCCGUAACUUUAAUGGGUAUACAAGAUGGAGGUGUGCCAGCAUCAUCAACUAAAGAACUUAGCAUUCAUCCCAAUCCACUCAAACGACAAUCGACAUCUUCCGCUUCAUCAGACGAACCUGAGUUUGGUGGUACGUACAAGACAAUGAAAUCACCACAACCACCAAAUUUGAGCAAAUUGCAAUUAGAGCAGCAUUGUUCGAAUUUGGAACAACAAAAGCAAGCAUAUCAAGGUCACUUGAAUUCUAUUACCAUAUCGUUACAACAAGCUCAAUCUCAAUUGAGUGACCUCAAUCAACACGAAGCUAAACAGCAAAAAUACUAUCAAUUUCAACAGUAUCAGUCAAACCUUUCCCCUAUGCACUAUCAAGCAAUAUCACCACCUCAUUUGCCAUCGAUACCGAAAUUUUCUCAAAUUCAACAAAUCACAAGCGAACCUUCGAAAGAUCCUGAUGUUGAAAAGUAUCGAUCACUACCAGUGUCUGAUCCACUACCAAUCAAGAGAAGAAAGCAUAACGAACCCUCACAACCACCUUUGAUGAAUCCAUUCAGUCUUAACCUACCACCAAUUAAGUUCCCUUCCAUACAACAGUCUACAGAAUGA